AUGGAGGUCGCGGCGGUGCGGCUGCUGCGCGGCGGCGCGCUGCUGAGACGAACCUUCCCAGCCUGCCUGCCUGCUCGGAAGAGCCCGCCCCGGGCCCUCCGGGCCUCCCAGUCCCAGGCGCUGCCCAGGCCGGCGGGCGGCGGGCCCCCCGGCGCCCCCCUGCAGACGCUGUCCGAGGAGGAGCUGAUGAUCCAGAGCACAGCUAAAAGGUUUGCCCAGGAACAAGUGGCUCCUUUGGUCUCCGCGAUGGACGAAAACGCCAAGAUGGAGCCGGCAGUGAUCCAAGGCCUGUUCCAGCAAGGGUUCAUGGCCGUGGACGUGGACGCCCGGUAUGGAGGGACCGGGGCCUCCUUCUUCUCCCUCGUGCUGGUGGUGGAGGAGCUGGCCAAGGUGGACGCGUCCGUGGCUCUGAUCUGCGACGUCCAGAACACGGUGGUGAACGGGCUGCUGCGGAAGCACGGGACGGAGGAGCAGAAGGCUACCUACCUGCCCCAGCUGGCCACGGCCACGGUGGGGAGCUUCUGCCUCUCAGAGGCCGGGGCCGGCAGCGACUCGUUCGCCCUGAAGACCAGAGCCGAGAAGAAGGGGGGCCACUACGUCCUCAACGGGUCCAAGAUGUGGAUCACCAGCGCCCGGGAGGCGGGGCUCUUCCUGGUGAUGGCCAACGUGGACCCCAGCGCGGGCUACCGCGGGAUCACCUGCUUCCUGGUGGACCGGGACACCGAGGGCUUCCACGUGGGCAAAGCGGAGAACAAGCUGGGCAUCCGGGCCUCGUCCACCUGCCCGCUCACCCUCGAGGACGUCAAGGUCCCAGAAGCCAACGUCCUGGGGCAGGUGGGCCACGGCUACAAGUACGCCAUCGGGAGCCUCAACGAAGGCAGAAUAGGCAUCGCGGCUCAGAUGCUGGGGCUGGCCCAGGGCUGCUUUGACUGCGCCGUUCCGUACGUUAAAGAAAGGAUGCAGUUUGGGAAAAGACUGUUUGACUUCCAGGGGCUGCAGCACCAGGUGGCCCAGGUGGCCACCCAGCUGGAGGCGGCGCGCCUGCUGACCUACAACGCCGCGCGGCUGGUGGAGGCGGGGCGGCCCUUCGUCAAGGAGGCGGCCAUGGCCAAGUACUACGCGUCGGAGGUCGCGGGGCUGACAACCAGCAAAUGCAUCGACUGGAUGGGCGGCGUGGGCUACACCAGGAGCUUCCCCGUGGAGAAGUACUUCCGAGACGCCAAGAUCGGUACCAUCUACGAGGGCGCGUCCAACAUCCAGCUCAACACCAUCGGGAAGCACCUGGACGCGCAGUACUGA